GCGGGCACACGGCGGAGAUGCUGAACCUGGUGACGGCACUCAGCCCCGUGCACUACUCGCCGCGCUGCUACAUCGCGGCUGCCACGGACGCCAUCAGCCUGCGCAAGGCACGCGACCUGGAGAGCACGCUCGCCAAGGCAGCAGCAGGGGACGCACCCACUUCGCCCUCCUCUCCCCCCUCUCCCCCCACCUUCCUGUCGGUGUACCGGAGUCGUGAGGUGGGGCAGUCGUACGUCACGUCGGUGGCCACCACUGUGCUCGCCACGCUGCACGCCAUGGCGCUCGUCGUGCGCAUCACACCGGAUCUGCUGCUCUGCAACGGGCCCGGCACGUGCGUGCCGAUCUGCAUCGCCGUCUUCACGCUGCAUGUGCUGGGCAUAAAAUGCAGCAGCAUCGUGUUUGUGGAGAGUGUGGCGCGCGUUGAGAAGCUGUCGCUCACCGGCAAGCUGCUGCACCGCCUCGCCAUAGCGGACCGCUUCUUCGUGCAGUGGCCCGAGCUUGCCAGCAGAUACAAGGGCACGCGCUACGUGGGCCGCCUCAUGUGACGCCAAGGCUUUUAGCUGAGCUGGUUCAAGCCGAACAGACUCAGUGGCGCAGUGCUGCAACACCUGGGAAAACAGACAGGUUCUUCGUGCAGCGGCUUGAGCUCGCAAGCAGCUAUAAAGCCGCUCGCUACGUCGGCCGCCUCAUCAGGGCCCAAAAUUGGUUUUAGGCCACUCUUUGAGAUCAGAGUAGGAAAAAAAAAAUGCCCUGACGGUCAGAGCUAAAAAAAUUCUAAGUCUGAUUUGGCAGGGUAAAAAAUUUCGAAGUCUUUGCUUCAAGUGUAGAACUCUUUGCACCCUUUCUAGCCUUGGCCAUUU